AUGCGGGAGCGCUGCAGCUUGGAUGGCGCGAGCCGCGGCGCGAUGCUGGCAAUCUCUCUGGGUGCCGAGUCUGAGCAGACGGCGGAUUUGCUUCCGGAUUUGCUUCAGGAUUCCUGCCAGGUCGCCUUCGUCAAGGGACCAUCCCCGGUCAUCGUCAGCGGCCUGGCCGCGCAGCUGGCAAACCUUCAGGCGGAACUGCGGACCAACAAGACCGGCGCUACCAUGUUGCUUGUUCCCUUCGGCUUCCACUUCUCGCAGACGGACGCCAUCGUUGACGUCUUCAGCACCUCCGCUGCCACUGUUCACAUCGGCAAGCCCGCGUGUGUGUUGGCGUUGGAGACUCAAACUCGCAAGACACAAAUCUUCGACUACUAG